UUCUUCUUCUUCUGCUAUGGGUUCUUAUUUUGUUCCAAUUCUGUUUGAGAAUUGCUCUAAUUACCAGUUACAGAAAUAUGCAUCUAAAUGUGCUAUUUUUCUUGAGCCUCGGGAGAAUUUUGAUCCUAUUAAAAAAGUGAGGCAGAUGGAACAAGAGAGAGCUACUUUUGAGUAGACUCUGCUGUCCCUUUACUGAGGUGUUUGUUUUUGAUAUCAUGUUGAUUACAUGGAAUGUCAGAGGUUUAGGGUUGGAUACAAAAAGAUUUGGUGUUAGAGAUUUCUGUCAAUUGAAUAAAUUUGAUAUUAUUUGUUUACAAGAAACUAAGUUGAAUACUGUUACAGAGAGUAUUUUAAAAAGUUUGGGGGGUAAUUUGUUUGAUUGGUCUUUUGUACCCUCUGAAGGCUCUUCUGGAGGAAUUAUGAUUGGAUGGAAUAGCUCUAGUUGGAAGAAGUUACAAGAGAAAGUGGACAAUUAUGUUUUGACUGUGGUUUUACAAAGUAAAAAAAAUAAUUUUAAAUGGACUCUUUCUUCAGUUUAUGGUCCACAUUGUAAUAAAGAGAGGUUGAUGUUUUGGCAGGAGUUGAAAGAUAUCAAAAAUACUUUUUCAGGCCCUUGGAUUGUGGUUGGAGAUUUUAAUGUCACUUCUAAUUCCUCUGAAAGAAAAGGCAAAAGUAAUUAUAGAAGAGAAAUGGAGGAGUUUAAUGAUAUUAUUAAUGAGUUGGAAUUGAUUGACAGUCCUUUACAUGGGAGGAAAUUUACUUGGUCAAAUAAGAGAAGGUCUCCUUCUAUGGCUAGGUUGGAUAGAGUUUUUUUCAACUCUGAUUGGGAAGAUUUUUUUCCUUUUUCUAAACAGCAGGGGCUUAGCAGUCAAUUAUCUGAUCAUGCUCCCAUUAGUUUUGAUUUUGGGGAUAAUCAAUGUUAUGUUAAAAAAUUCAGAUUUGAAAAAAUUUGGUUGAGAUCUGAUGACUUCCUAUAUAAGGUGCCUGUCUGGUGGAGAUGUGCCCCUUCAAGUGUCUCUGCAGCUAAAAACAUAGUUGGUAAACUCAGGUUUAUGAGAAAAUGUAUAAAACAAUGAGUGCAUUUAAAUUUUCAUAGUGUGAGACAACAAAAGAAAGAUUUAUUAGAUAAUCUUUUAACUUGGGAAGUUUUGGAGGAGAAUAGAGAUUUGACUGAUGAUGAGUUGAUCAAAAAAAAUGAUACUGUUGUACAGUUGAAUGAAAUCUUAUUACAAGAAGAACAAAUGU